UGCUCGCCGCCCGUCGCCUCGGGCUCCCCCCGCCACGGCUGCUGCCGGUUCCCCGGAGUGACCCUCCCUGCCUCCUCUCCGCUGGGCAUAAGGGGCGGCCGGUGAGCGCGGGGCGGAGUCGGGGGACGCGGACCGCGGCGAGGAAGAAGGAGGAAGAGGAGAGUGCAGAGCUCCCCGCAUCUUCAGGUGAGGGUGCUCCCGUAAGGUGUGGGCGGCGGGGGGGUCCGCUCCGCUCCGCCCCGCGCCGCGAACUUCCCCUCACGCAGAGGGAAAGUUUCUGGCGGUAGAGGCGGCGAGUUCGAGCCUCGGCGGGGCGCAGCCGGCAGCAGCCUCCGCUCGUCGGCCGGCAGGGAGGAAGCCUGGGAGAGCCCGUCGUCCUCGGGCAGAGAGAGAGAGAGAGGCGCCGCCGCACGGAUGAAGAUGGCCAGUGCCCUGCUGGUUGCACUCUGGCUGUGGAUGGUCACCCUUGGCAGCGGCUCUGAACGCUGCGAUGACUGGGGUGUGGACACCAUGAAGCAGAUCCAGAUUUAUGAAGGGGAACCUGCCAAGAUCAAAUGCCCACUUUUUGAGACCUUCUUAAAGUACAACUACAGUACAGCCCGUUCUGCGGGCUUAACCCUGAUCUGGUACAGGAUUGCACAGGACCGGGAUCUGGAGGAGCCCAUUAAUUUUCGUCUCCCAGACAAUCACAUCAGUAAGGAGAAAGACACCCUUUGGUUCUGGCCUGCUCUUCUCAAUGACACUGGGAAUUAUACGUGCAUGCUCAGAAAUACAACCUACUGCAGCAAAGUUGCGUUUCCCUUGGAAGUUGUUCCGAAAGACCAACACUCUUGUGUGAGCCAUACAAUAAAACCCAUUGAGGAGAUGUUCUACUUGGAGCAUGCCAAUGAGAAGAUCAUAUGUCCAGAUAUCGAUGGGUUUUACCCUGCUAGUGUAACACCAACGAUCAAGUGGUACUUGAACUGCAGCUUGGUGGAUGGCUUCUAUGAGCGAUACCUCCAAGAGCCCGGGCUUGUCAUUGGCAUUGUCCGCAGUGUGUAUAAAGGGAAUUACACUUGUAUUGUGACAUUCAAGGACCACGGAAGAACCUAUAAUCUCACCAGAACCAUAAACAUGAAGGUGGUGGGAUCUCCAAACAAGGCCUUGCCACCACAAUUCAUCUCUCCAAAUGAGAAAGUUGUCUACGAACAGGAAGCAGGAGAUGACCUUGUUCUGUCCUGUGAGGUCUUCUUCACCUUCCUGAAGGAAUCCCAGACUGAAGUGUGGUGGACUAUAGAUGGGAAAAACACAGGUGACAUCACAGACCCCAAGAUAAAAGUCACACAAAGUGAAAUUACUAGAGAUUUUGAAGACAAAACUAUCAUAAGGACUCUAACAGUCACAAAAGCCACACCGGAGGACUUGAAACGGAAUUAUACUUGUUAUGCCAGAAACGCCAAAGGCGAGGACCGUAGCCAGGCCAUAGUGCGCAUGAAAGUUGUAGCACCGAAAUACACUGUGGAGCUGGCCUGUGGACUGGGGGCAACCAUCCUGCUCAUUGUGGUGUUGAUAGUCGUCUAUCAUGUUUAUUGGCUUGAAAUGGUCCUCUUCUAUCGGGCUCAUUUUGGAACAGACGAAACCAUCCUAGAUGGGAAGGAGUAUGAUGUGUACGUGUCUUACGCACGCAACGCGGAGGAGGAGGAAUUUGUGCUGCUGACGCUGCGGGGAGUCUUGGAGAAUGAGUUUGGGUACAAGCUGUGUAUCUUUGACAGAGACAGCCUCCCCGGGGGAAUUGUCACAGACGAAACCCUGAGCUUCAUCCAGAAAAGUCAACGUCUCCUUGUUGUCCUGAGCCCCAACUACGUCUUGCAGGGAACACAGGCCCUGCUGGAGCUCAAGGCUGGUCUGGAGAAUAUGGCCUCCAAGGGCAACAUCAAAGUCAUUCUAGCGCAGUACAAAGCCAUCCAGAAGAGCAAACUGAAGGAGCUGAAGCAGGCCAAGGCUGCCUUGACUGUCAUUAAAUGGAAAGGCGAGAAAUCCAAAUUCCCAAAGGGCAGGUUCUGGAACCAGUUGCGGGUGGAAAUGCCAGUGAAAAAAAUUAACAGGAGUCUGAGCCUUGAUGGGCUCAUACAUAUCCCUGAAAAAUGUUUAACACCAUCAGAAAUCAAAACAAAACAAACCCCAGAAAUCCACAAGUUAGGCCAGGGAGUGGGAAGGAACUCAGACUUUUUGCCAUGAAGGACUGCCCCGAAGCAUUUCAGAGGAUAGUCAUGCCUCCCUCCUGCUCUUCUACUGCCCUGGCAGUAGAGACACCACAGAUGCAUACACCUCCUCUCUGCAAAUGCAUGUCCUUGUCAUUAACCAUGAAAAACCUGGGCUCAAGGUUGAAAUUUGGGCUACCCAGGUGGGAUGCAGCCGGUACCUUGUGGUAGCAUGGUAUUUGUAUAGGCCAGUAUACUCCUAGAUCCAAGUCCUAUGGGACCUUCAUUAGCUUCCAGCACAGAACUCCUUUUCUCUCUGAAGUGGCUUCACUCCUUCCUGGUCUUUGGUCCCUGUUGCAGAGGCUGGGGGGAACAGUUUGAAAGAUGGCUCCAGUACAGAGCCCUUCAUACAUGUCCCAGCUAUACGUAGUCCUGAUUAGCGUAAGAUCACAGUUCUGCUUCAGUGGGAGGAUUGCAGACUCUCGAGUCUCCUCAUCUUUGCUCCCCACAUUUCUGAAGGAGCAGGUGCAUUCAGAUGGUUUGGCAAUCUGAAAUGACUGUUACAAAAGCAUUAAAAAAAACCCCCAAAACCCAAAAAAAAGCAAACCCCAAAAAAAGCUCUAUUUGUGUUAUAGCAUUUCUACUAAUAAGUGGCCAGUCUCUGGGACUCCACAGUCUCCCAAGUAUCUCAGAUCUUUCAGGGCUAUAACACUUGUAAUCCAGGGGAAAUCUCUCGUUAGUACAGGCCAUGGAGCAUGUCUGAGAGGUGUGCCUUUGUAGACUAAACUCAGGGACUUCACAAGUACUGCAAGGAACCCCAGUUUACUACUGAACCUGCCCGCUGUCUCUGUGCUGCUGGCUGGGGGAAAACAUCAUGCAAGGUGCUGCCAAGGCCUCUGGAAUGACACUUGGAUGUGUGUCCAACACCCCAGGAGACCCUAAAAACUUGUUUGAACUUACUAAAAACUACACUAGCUCUAUCCAGCUGUGUAAGACUAUGAGGAAAAGCUGAGAGAGCUGGGGUUAUUCAGCCUGGAGAGGGCCAGAGACCUUAUUGUAGUCUUUCAGUACUUAAACGGGGCUUAUAAGAUAGAUGGGCACAGACUUUUUAGUAGGGCCUGUUGCAAUAGGACAAGGAGUAAGGGUUUAAACUAAAAAAAGGGAGAUUCAGACAAGAUUUAAGGAAGAAAAUUUUACAGUGAGGGUGGUAAAACACUGGCAUGGGUUGCCCAGAGAGGUAGUAGAUGCCCCAUCCCAGGAAACAUUCAAGAUCAGGUUGGAUGGUACUCUGAGCAAUCCAGUGGUCUAGUUAUCCCUGCUCAUUGUAGGGUGGUAGGACUAGAUGACCUUUGAAGGUCUCUUCCAACCCAACCUAUUUUAUGAUGCUAUGAAGAUUCAGUGCUCUCUGCCUGUGUGUGUAAAACGUCACCAUUCAUAAUGCAGGGCUCAGGUUUAAUCUAUACUUAGCCUUACAAAGCAAAUCUCCACCUGUCUUAUUUCAAGCCCAGAGUUGCAGAAUAGGGGAUGUAUCUCAGGUUCAUCAACCUUUGCACAAAAUGUAAAUAUAAAAACCACUGAGUACCAGUCCUUGCUUCAGUGGGAGGCAGCAGGCACAGGAGAAGAUCUGGUGAGUUAACCCCUGCAAGACCAAGGAGGGAAGUGUCCCUUCCCUUGUAGGACAGACCAAAGCACAGCGGGACCCUGGCAUUGACUGGUAUUGUUGUUGACAAUAUUUUUAUAUAAAACUACAAGCUCUGGGGGUGUCUCCAUACUCCUACAGCUCCCAGUGCAAGGUCCUGCCCACUUAACUGUGGAAUUCAGUAUUAUGCACACUAAGUGCAUGCUUAUUUUUUAUUGAUAAUGCUUGCUCCUGAGUUACCUUUGACUCACGCUUUCACUCGGUUGAUGUCCAUCAGGUGAAGCAUAUCCAUUCAUAACGGCAUUAAAAAGCACUAUGAUUUGCAGUCUACAGAUUAUUCACCCAGCUGAGCAGGAAGGUUUGAGGGCAUCCCAGUAAACAGCACAGUCUUAAAGGUGUGGGGCUGGAUCCUGGCAUCAGUGAAGCCUCUUGCUCUUAGCAUCCUAUGAUUAAUAAUGUUAUUCCAGGGCAGUGGGGAGCUGGCAUUGGGCAGGUACUGUACAAAUAUGGAACACAUAGAGCUUCUUUCUCACCCUCUUCAUCCUCCCCACCCCAAGUAAGCUUCGCUUUAAGUAGGUAAAACUGCAGUUAGCUUCACUGAAGAUACUCAGAGGUGCUUAAAAGCUUUGCUGUUACAAGCUUUUCUACUGUAUCUGUGGAGGGAAAGAGAUGCCUCCCACACUAUAGAAAGCUUCAUUUGUAUUAGAUAACACCCAAAACCAUGCUCAGUUUUGUGAAUCCCUUGCAACCAUGUCAUUUUGCCCAGCUUCACCUUUUUGUUUGUGUUUUCAGCAUCUCUGUGAUCAGCUGCCCAAUCUGCAGGCAGAGGGAAGGCCCUGAGGCCAAAGCAGAACUGUGUUAGAUUCCAGUUUGAUUUUUAAAAAAAUAACUCAAAAAUACACGUAAAUUCAAUUAACAUCCCAGACCUCACCACAUCACAUCUCAUUUUUGGCUGAGGUACCAAGAGAACUGCUGAUGUUUUAGUAAGUCUGAUUAUUUUAAAUAAAAUAAAUAAAUGAAAUAAUUUUAAAUGAGGUUAAAUCCACCUCAUUUGUUUUGCUGAUUUUAUUCAAAGGGUUUUCCAAAUAAAUGAUAGACCAGGAUUUUCUCCAGCAUACAUUGCUAUAUCCUUGGUGCCAUUGCAACCCCAGAACAGAAUUACUGAGAUACAUCAGCAGAGCACUCACAAGGCAAAAGGUGUGAUGGUCUUAAGGGAGCCUAAGAGGUCCAGAGGGAGCAGCGUGGAAGGAAUACUGCUGGAGCAGGCUCCACUCCCUUGGAAGCUUUACCUCUGGCUUUGCUGGGAGCUGUCAGGCCAGGGGUAUAGCCCAGUCCUAGCUGUAGUGCAGAUCUGCAGAGCACCUCAUAUAUGCCUGCCAUUUCAUUGUAUGCCAUGUGUGGUUUCCAUUGUGGGAUUCUGUCACAGCAUGUUUAUUUCAGUUGAUUCAUUCGAGUUUCUGUGCUCUAAUCUAACAUUUAUCAAUAUGCAGCUCAUACAAAGUUCCUCAUUGUUAUUUCAUGGGGAAGCAGUGUGGCAUAAAUUGCAAAAAAUACCUUCCCCAUGCCAUUUGAUGUUGUACAGCUGUUCCAGAAUUUUCCCUUCUUUUUUCUGUAUGUUUUUGCCUUUUUGUUAUUUGGUCUGUGAAGUGUCAGUAUUAUUUUAUUUUGCUUUUCAAUAAAACAUUUCCACUUUUGCAUUUCAGUCCUUGUGCAUUUCUCAUAAGCAUAAUUUUCCUCCCCAUUAUGUCUGCAAAAGGCCAUUAAAGAAAGAUGGCUGUGUAGUCCAAGCAUCAGGAUCAUUUGGGGACACCUCCUUAGCAAUGGGGCAUGUUUUUGUCUGUGUCAUGGUGUGCCUGCAGCUAUCCUGAGGCACCGCCACUGCUACCAGGGCCAUGCAAGCGGAAACACAGUGACACACAGCAUUCAAGUGUCAUCCAGUGGCAGACAUGCACACACAGAAAGCCACUGACCCAAAGAGCACUCACUUGGUGAUCACAAGAUAGAAAGAUGGGAAGGAGACAUCAUCCCUUGGCUUGAGAGACCAAGCCAGAAUGUUGGAAAACUGCCCUAACCACAGGAAUCAAACUCACUCUUCGUCUGCUUUGCCCAUCACCUUCCAGAUAAUUGGGUAGAAAAGGUUCAUUCAGCUUUGUAUUUUCUCAUCCAAGCCACUUGCUGGUAUUUUUCCCUGUUUGUAUGCUAGCAGGUACGUUGAAAGAGAGCCUAGCACUUCCAGACCUCUAGCAAAAUGAAUACUUGAGAUAAUCUAUGGAUCUGGGGUCUACGGGAUAUGUGUAUGGGACUUAUGAGCCCCCAGCUUUUAUUGGGCUGGAUCGAAAGUAUGGCUUUUAUAGUCUUUUGUUACAUCUCUGGGGUGCAUUAGGCAAGACACAAGUAAACAGAAAAAAAUAUGCAGUGUCCUUUGUAACCAUGUAGUAAACAUGGGAGUUUUUCAGUAUAAACAGAUAUCCAAGAGUAUCAAAUUCCAAGCUCCACUGGUACCCAAAUCCCCAGUGUUACUGCUGCCUGUUCCAUCUUGUGCUGUUGGUGUGUCCGAGAGGGGCCAUCCUCCCUGCGCACUGUGAAGUGGCCACUCAGGAUUUUUCAUGAGCUGGAAUUACAGUGUAAACUGAACAUCUCAAGCUAUCCUGGUCAGCCAAGUCUAAAUGCAUCCCAUUCUCAGACAUAAAAUUUAUCUUCGGGAAUUUGAGCAUUUUCCCUGCCAAAAAAAUGUCAAGUCUCAGAAAGUGUUGCAAAUUCAAAAUUGAUGAAAGAAAACUGUCACUGUCAGCUCAAUCAAAACAUUUAAUUUCAGCAGUGUUGGGAUCAUUUGCAUUAAUUGAACUUGUGCUUUUUGAGCAGGCAGGUACAAUAGGUGACCUCCCAGGGGCUGCUCCUGCCUACGUUUCACUGUGAUUUCUAUGAUUCCAGUUUCAAAAAGAAACCUUUCAAGCCAGGAAAGAAGCUUUUUCUUUCACAAAACAUUGAAGCUUGGCUGAUUUCAAAAUAGAUCUCAACCAGUUAUAGAAAGGUUUGAAUGAGGUCUGGACUCAGUAAAUUAGGAGAUUGCUGCCAAUUCUUUGUGCCUUUGAAAUAGGGUGUUAAGAAUGAUUCACGGCGUUAAGUGACAAUUCUGACAGAACUGACUUUAUCAUCUACUUUUGGUUUCAAUGAAUCAGUGUUUUCAUGUGUGUGUCGAAGGAAAUCCGGCCAAACCUUGUGUACAAGAGAAAAUGCUCCAAAUAGCUUGAUUUAAUUUCCAGCAUUACGUUAAAGAACCAGACAGUGCCUUACUUUCUCUAUUCCACUGCCACUCACCAUCCAUCUCCCAGGAUAUAACUGUACAGCCAUUUUUCCUAUUGCAAGUUCUUGGUCCCCACACAAUCUAGUGACAGUGAGUUUUACAGCUAGUCAUAUGUCUUUGAAAAUAAUUUAAAAAAAAAAAAGUAUUGUUCUUUAUAGUAUUAAAAUAAGAUGCAUCCAGCUGCAACACAGUGCACCUUCUGCUAUGAGAUAAGGAAAGAGACAGUCAAGUGUUGGAAGAAUAAGGGGCAUUGCCAUUGUAGGGAAGGAGCAAUAUUUUUUAUUGAUACAAAAGACCAUUGUUCCACUGGCAGGGAGGGAAAUGAGUAUCCAGAUAGAGGACUCAAGGCUUUAGCAUUUAGUGUGAAAGGCAAUGGAAGCAGCAGGUAGCCCUUCUCCCUAGGACAGCUUUUUGCAAGACAUUCUACAGGGAGUUUUUUCUCUCUGAGUGUGCAAGAGCUCUUACUCCAAUGAUCCCUGUCUUGGUUGAACCACCUUGUCCUCAAGUCCCCUCCAUCUCAGGCACCCCACUCACUAAGUGGGUGGGGUUUUUAAGUUUUUAUGGUUCUGUUAAUCAGCUUGGGUUAAUUUGCUAAACCCCACAGCCCUAUUAAUUCACAUCCUUUCCAUUGCUCACCCAUUAGCCAUAACAUCUUCAAUAUGCUUACCGCAGCCCAAGCCAUAGAUAGAAGUCCAAGGUCAUCCUUCAGGUUUGCUGCUUUUCAACAUUCAUAAUGAAAGAGAUGCUGCCCUUGCCUGGCAUCGUUCCAGCUAAGCAUCUUGCUGAGCUUUACAAACUACAAUUAAUCCCAAGAAAUGCUUUUGAAGGAUGGUAUUUUCACUCCCCAUGAUGGCUAGGGGAACUGAUGGAGAGGCUUACGGCUGACUUUUGCUUUCUAAGUUUGGAGGCUUCCAUUUCUGGAUGAGAGAGCAUGAGAGGGAGAGUGGUGGGACUCAGCAGUGCAAGCUGUGGCAUGAUGACGUGAUUGCUUCACUUAGUUGCCCCCAUACAAAGGGCUGCUAGAGCUGUGGGCAGGUGGUUCCCAAACAAGACCUGCCCUUUAUCAAAAUGCCUGCACUUCACUGGGCAGGAGUGAUGCUGUGCAGGGCAGAAGUCAAGAGUAUGUCUUGGCAUAUCCUGCCAUCCUUGCUUCUUAUUUACCACUUCAGCCUUCUCAAAAACCCACUGCAAAGCAAAAAUGCUGCUAUUACUCCUGCAGUCCCUGCCAGCAGGAUCACAGGCAAGUUGAAAGUCACUGGACUUGCGCCAGAUUUCCCUCUGUGGGAAGGGGGGAUCUGUGCAGGUAUGCCACCAAAAACCUUCCUUCAGCUUUUCUCUUCCUGCUCCUUCCCCUUGUGCACCCCAAUUCCUCUGCCCUUGCAAUUUUAGAUACCACUGAAGCGGUGUUUGACUUCAUCCAGAGGAGCCGCAGGAUGAUCGUGGUCCUGAGUCCCGAUUACCUGACAGAGAAGAGCAUCAGCCUCUUGGAGUUCAAGCUGGGCAUCAUGUGCCAGAAUGCCAUCGCCACCAAGCUUAUCGUGGUGGAGUACAGGCCACUGCAGUGCACCCACCCCAGUAUCCUCCAGCUGAAGGAGUCUGUCUCCUUUGUCACCUGGAAGGGAGAGAAGUCUAAGCGUUCCGGCUCCCAGUUCUGGAAGGCAUUGCGGCUCGCCCUGCCGCUGCGCAGCCUGAAUGCUGGCACUGGCUGGAACGAGAGCUGCUCCUCCCAGUCGGACAUCAGCCUGGACCCCAUCCAGAGGAAAAGGAGCCGGUUGAAAGGUCAGCCUAACCCACGGGGUGCCUCAGCAGGGACUCUUGCUCCCAGAGGGGCAGCCGCAGCCCCCAAGUCAAAGGCCAAACAUCGAGCCAAGCACUUCUUGACAUGCCGGUGUUGUGGGACCUAUUGCAAUGGUGGCAGCAGACUCAAGCACAAGCAUCGGGCUGUGGCUGGGCACAGGUGGGACACUCAACUCUGCAAGCCGGGCUCAGGCAGGCCCACAGCGCAGGGGGUUCAGGGCAGAAGUCGACCUGAGCCCCCAUCGGCACCGGCUCCUGGUCUUGCCCUAUGCCAUUACAGUGACCUGUCAAACAACAAUGACUUCUAUGUACUUUAGCCAAGUGGCUGAUGGUACCACAGGUGCUGGGCAGCAAAAGGAACUCACUGCAGCCUCAGCAAAGAUACUUUUAUGACAUGGUGUUUCUCACCAUCCAUCCCAUGUCAGCACAAGGACUGCAGCAAUAUCACCGGUGCUGGUGAUGUGAGCCAGGGACAUGCAGCCACACACAGAGCAGUGGCUAGGGGCUGCCUGCCUGGGUCCCUCUCCUUAAUUUAAAUUGUAAAGUGGAGCUGAAAAUGUGUUUCUCUGGCAUUGCUUUUCCUCAUCUGUGGUUGUGUUUGCCCCAAGACUGCUGCUGGGGUUGGCUGUGGGAGGGCAGGUCCCCAGCCAGGGGUUGGGAGGGAGGGAGAUGAGAGAAGCUGUGCUCCUGGAAUUAACCUCUGGAGAAGGGAGUGCAUUUUGCAAAGGAUAAAACUUUGCUAAUGAGGGCAGGAGUGCACUGUGCAGUAUGGUGUGUUAUGCACUGUGGUUUAAAACAACUUGGUCAAAAGUUUUAAGACAAGUCCCUUCUCUCUAAAUAAAACUGAUUUCUU